AUAUUCUUUCUUUCUUUUCUUUACUUUUUUACACACAAAGAAUAUGGCCUACACUGUUCCCACCUCUAAGGAUGUUCUCGUUCCCGAAACUCUCUUGAAGAAGAGAAAGUCUGAUGCUCAAGCUGCUGAGAAAGCUGCUGCUGCCAAGGCCGAGCUUCGCAAGGCUAAACUUACCAAAAGACGCGAACUCUUUAAGCGUGCCGCCAAGUACCAUGCUGAAUACAAGGCUACUGAACGCAAGGAAAUUGCUCUCCGUCGUCAAGCCAAGACCAACGGUAACUACUAUGUUCCUCCUCAAGACAAGUUGGUCUUUGUUGUCCGUAUUCGUGGUAUCAACAAUAUUGCCCCCAAGCCUCGUAAGGUUCUCCAACUCUUGCGUCUCUUGCAAAUCAACAACGGUGUCUUUGUCCGUUUGAACAAGGCUACCUCCGAGAUGCUUCAAUUGGUUCAACCUUAUGUCACCUACGGUUCUCCCAACUUGAAGACCAUUCGUGAAUUGAUCUACAAGCGUGGAUAUGCCAAGCUCAACGGUCAACGCAUCCCCAUCCAUGACAAUGCUGUUAUCGAACAAGCUCUUGGCAAAUACGGUAUCAUCUGUGUUGAAGAUCUCAUUCACGAAAUUGCAACUGUUGGUCCUCACUUCAAGGAAGCCAACAACUUCUUGUGGCCCUUCAAGCUUUCUAACCCCAACAACAUGUGGAAGCGCAGAAAGUUCAACCACUUCAUUGAAGGUGGUGAUGCUGGUAACCGUGAGCAAUUCAUCAACAACUUGGUUCAAUCCAUGAACUAA